UUCUUGUAAACACAGAGGAAGUCUGUUAAGUGUUAAGACUCAGUCCUUGCUGUCUGUGCGUCUCAGAAAGCUGUAGUCUCUGAUCUGUGACAGCAUGAACCCGCUUUACAUCCUUCUAUUGGUCCUUUGGUCAGCUUUCAAGUCAUCUUUUUCUUCUGAUCUUGAGUCGAUGGAAACCCAGAAAAACCAGGAUCUCACCCACUGACAAUCACUUACAUUAAAACUUCAGUUGUCUAGAUUUUAUUAUUGUCAUUUGUCAUCUUUGCUUUAUCUAGAUCCAUGGCAGAUGACGACAGCAGAUAACCUAGACUUUUGGAUAAAUGGAGAUUCAGAUCAUGAAGACACUGAGGGAGCUGCACUUGAGGAAUAUGAAACCGAGUCUGACAAGCCCAACAUCACAGUGUACCGACAGACAGAGGACCGAGAGCAAGUGAUCGUGCUGUGCAAGAUUGGAAGGACAUACGGAAUGGACUCUAUUGAUCUGUCAGUGGAGAGUGAACUGGACUACACCAUAGAACCACUUACAUUGCAUUGUUUCUGUUCUUCAGAUAUGCGUGUGUUUCUGGUCACUGUGCGUCCACCUGCUUCCUUCACCUGUGUUCAUGAGAUUUAUUCUGAUCUAGAUGUGAGGAACCUGCGCAUCCAGACGUACAAUUACACUGGGUCAGUCUCAGAUCAUCAUGAAGAAGGAGCAUCUUUAUUAUACAUCUGCUUUUCCUCCUUCAUUGCUGUUGGUCUCUUCAUCAUGACUGCAGCAGUGAUUGUGAUCAACAUCAGGAGCAAAACUAAAGACACCAACUCAACUGCAGUUACUGACAAUGACUACGGGGAAGCAUAAAACAUCAGAAGAAAACUGAACAGGCCUGAAGAAAAAAUAAAAAUAAUAAUAAUAAUAUAUAUAUUAUAUAUAAAUAUAAAUGAAAAAUACAUUCAUUAUAACCUAUAACUAGAGGUGCACAUAAGUGGUACCCAGCGACCAAAAUAAAAAAUGUGCUGUAUAAAUUCAGACCACUCAUGGUUGGCAGCUGUUAAUGGACAAUUAACAUUUUAGAUCAACAAACUGUAGUACUUUACAUUGCAAAAAAAAAAAAAAAAC